UUGGAUUUAUUUAAUUGGAAUUAUGAUAAAGAUUUGAAUAAAGGAGUAGUGGAAAAAUGAGGAUUUUGGCGGGGGGGUUGUGAUUUGUUAAAGAGCUCCGAUCCAUUGUUUGCAUAGGUUCUUGAAAUCCCCAAUUCCCACAAAUGUUUACGUGGUCGAGUGGACAAUGUUUCCAAUUCCAAGCCUUUCAGUUUCCGUUGCAAACCCACAAAUUACUUCACUCCCUCCAUCCUCAUCUGCCUCCUCCAUCUUCACCGGCCCUAAUUUCCAAAUCCCAUAACAACAACCCAAUUUCUUCCAUUGAACUUCCUCCCAACGCCCUUCGCCGCAAGCUCGAUCCUCACUGGAGAGGAGGUUUCAGUCUAGGUGUCGACCUCGGAACCUCUCGCACUGGACUUGCUCUCAGUAAAGGCUUCUCUACUCGGCCUCUUACCGUUUUAGAGUUGCGAGGACAAAAGCUUGAGGCUAAGCUUAUUGAGAUUGCUGAACAGGAAGAGGCUGAUGAAUUUAUUAUUGGACUUCCUAAAUCAUGCGACGGGAAAGAGACACCUCAGUCAAACAAAAUUCGUAGUAUUGCCGGAAGGGUGGCAGCCCGAGCAGCUGAAAGGGGCUGGAGAGUUUACUUGUAUGAUGAACAUGGUACAACAGCAGAAGCGGAAAGCCAUAUGAUUUCCAGGGGUCUCAAUAAAUCUACUAGGCAGAAGAAGAUUGAUGCCUAUGCGGCCAUGGUAAAGUGAUGGUACUAGAGAGAUAUUUUUCCACGUCAGGUCAGGGAACCGAACUUUUAGUGCCUAAGAGUCUAGUCUUACAAGAUAAACUUAUCGAGGGGCCACCUACAGACCCAGACUUUAGGGAUUGAGGAUGUGCUUCAGGUACGGAAAAAUAAUCUGGGAGAGCCCCUUAGGGAAUUUUUUCUUUGACGGAUAACAAAAUUGCUAUCAAACAAAGAUAUUUAUUUCUGUUGAAGUGGAAGAGAGCCGCAAUCAACUUAGAAAUGGAGGGUUGCAUCCUCAAAACAUGGUCACGGAAUUAGGUGAAAAGAGAGAUACCACCGUUCCUAAUGAGAAGGGUUCAGUUGAAGGCGAUGAUGCUUUUGACAUUAUAUGUUUUUAACAACCUUAUCAGAAUCAUCCUCACAUAUUGAAUUCACCUACACAUUGGUUAGUUAAGGAUGGGAUUUGCCUUGGUCCGUCCUAUGCAAUUGUGCUUGUCCUUGAUCAGAAAAGUAGUGGAAGAAAAAAAGAAAGGAUCUGCUGAAUCUCGUAUGUAUCUACUUGGUUGAAAUUAUUUAUAAACAAAGAAAUUGAUUUAAAAAUGGUGCUUUGGUAAGUUAAUACUGUGGUAAAGCGGAAGUCUUCCUAACUUCA